UUUUUGCUCAUACGUGAUUUUUUUCCACUCCGCGCAGCUCACGCGCACAGCGCCAGGCGCGUGUCCGUGAGCGUGUGGCAGCGCGGCAGUCAGCUCGCGUGCGUCGUCGUCGUCCAGCUGGAUCGAUCCUGUUACCCGGGGCUCUGAUCACCGGGCGGAACAUGGACCGGAUCGGGGUGUCGUUCCUGGACCCGUUAGAGGACUACGAGCUGAUCCACCGGAUCGGGUGCGGCACCUACGGGGAUGUGUUCAAGGUGAGGCGUAACAUCAAGACGUCUGAACUUGCAGCUAUAAAGAUUGUCAAGCUUGACCCUGGUGAUGACAUCACAUCCAUCCAGCAGGAGAUCACCAUGAUGAAGGAGUGCAAGCACAAAAACAUUGUGGCAUACUUCGGCAGUUACCACAGGAACACCAAGUUGUGGAUCUGCAUGGAGUUCUGCGGUGGAGGUUCCCUGCAGGACAUUUACCACGUGACUGGUCCACUGAAGGAGAAGCAGAUCGCAUACGUGUGCAGGAGAAACGCUUCAGGUGAGGGUUUGCAUCACCUACAUGAAAGUGGCAAAAUGCACCGCGACAUAAAGGGAGCCAACAUCCUCCUGACGGACCGCGGAGAUGUCAAACUGGCUGAUUUUGGGGUGGCAGCAGAGAUCAGCGCCUCUGUGGCCAAGAGGAAGUCCUUCAUCGGGACGCCUUACUGGAUGGCGCCGGAGGUGGCGGCGGUGGAGAAGAAGGGCGGGUAUGACCACCUCUGUGACAUCUGGGCCACGGGCAUCACUGCCAUCGAGCUGGCCGAGCUGCAGCCGCCCAUGUUUGACCUCCACCCCAUGAGAGCGCUGAUGUUGAUGUCCAAGAGCAGCUUCCAGCCUCCCAAACUCAAAGAGAAAAGCAAGUGGUGUGCAGCUUUCCAUAGUUUUGUGAAGAUGGCGCUGAUCAAAAACCCUCGAAAAAGGCCGUCAGCUGAGACGCUGCUGCAGCAUCCGUUCGUGACCCAGCUGCUGACCCGGAACCUCGUCAUUGAGCUGCUGGACCUGGCCAGCAACCCUGAGCUCCACGUGCACACACACAACAUGGACGAUGGCGAGCUUGAGAUUGGAGACGUGGCUCCUGAUAAGAUCCAGUCAGCAGGCAAACAUCAGACUGCAGAGCGGACGCUGUCUGAGGAACACUGGGACCAAAUGAAGUUCGGACCCCGGCUGAGGAAGGUGACGGAGCCAUACCCUGAUUUGUGGACCGCCUAUGACGAUGACUGGAGUCUGUCAGGAGAUGAAGACACCUCCCCGAGCCUUUUGGAAUGUGUGGAACAAGCCCUGCAGCUCAGGAGCUUAACCAUUCGGCGGGAGCCAUCUAGUGAUGGAGGUCAAAUUGGCAGGAAGAGCGGUUUGUUCAGCCCCUCGGUGUCCCUGCCCACCUUCAGCUCUCUGUGUCCCAACGCAGAAGAGCAGGAGCUGACACUGAGACCGACGUGCACACUGGGGCCCGACAGCACUGGCAUCACUGACCCCGCCUCCACUACAGGCCUGGCCAGAUGCUCGGCUAUACAGGAUGUCAGACAGCGCUGCAGUGACCUGCACUCACCUGCAGGGGACGCUGCACCUGCAGAGAGGAAAGUUAACAGUGCAGCGUCUCCAAAAAGAGAGACACCGCUAUCACCUGAGUGGAGCACACUGCGAAGAAAGGCCGAGGACUCGAGGGCUGAUUGUCAUGGACUCCCUCCGACACCGCCUGUCCACAUGGGAGCCUGUUUCUCCAAAGUCUUUAAUGGCUGUCCUCUUAAAAUCCACUCUGCUGUCACCUGGAUUCUGCCAAAGACGAGAGAUCAGUAUCUUAUUCUUGGGGCAGAGGAGGGCACCUACACACUCAACCUCAACGAACUCCACGAAGAUACGCUGGAGAAGCUGCUCCCUCAGCGGUGCCCGUGGCUGUAUGUUAUGAACAACGUGCUGAUGUCCAUAUCUGGGAAGUCGUCCCAGCUUUAUUCCCACAGUCUGACGGCGCUAUUUGACCAGAGAGGACAUCUGCAGAAGAAACAGGGCAGUUUGUCCCUGAGCACCAACCGCUUCACUGAGAGGAUGAGCCACAGGAAGUUUUCCAUGUCCGUGAAGAUUCCCGACACUAAAGGUUGCAGGAGAUGUAGCGUAGCGAGAAACCCGUACACGGUCAGUACGUUUCUGUGUGCAGUGCCGUCGGGCCUGGUGCUGCUGCUCUGGUAUGAGCCGCUGCAGAUCAUGCAGCUAAAGCACAUAACCGUGAGGCUGCCAGAGUCUCUGCCGAUAUUCGAGCUGUUGGUGUUGGUGACCGAUGAGUUUCCCCAGCUGUGUGUUGGAGUGAAAGACUGCAGUAACGGAAAACCUCCAGCCAGUCAGCAGCUGAAAUUUGAAAUUGUGGAGCUGAAUGGAACACCGGUUUCAGAGCCAGACAGCGGGUCAUUCAGGGCAGUACAAGUGACCCAAAUGGACAGAGACACCGUCCUAAUCGCAUUCGAACAGACUGUGAAGAUUGUGAACCUACAAGGACUUCCAUCUAAAGAGCUGGCUGCUGAAAUGACCUUUGACUUCGCCAUCGAAACUCUGGUUUGUUUGCAGGACAGCGUGCUGGCGUUCUGGAAACACGGCCUGAAAGGGAGGAGCUUUCAUUCAACCAAGGUAACACAAGAGAUUACCGAUGACACGCGAGUGUUCAGAGUUUUAGGAACAAACAGGGACAUCAUCCUUCAGAGCACGCCGACAGACGAGCCCUCGGCGCUGAGCAACCUGUACAUCCUGACCGGACAUGAGAACAGCUACUGACCUCCAUCUCACUCCAGAGACGACCACGAACGGCUUCCACGGAUGGAAACAAAGCAGUGUUUCAAAGUGUACCUGACAGUGGCACGGACCCUGUGUGGCAUUCAGCCCUCCUACCAGAUGUGUCAGUGGACAUGUGGAGACGAGACGUGAACAUCCUUGGAGUUCUAACUUGAGUGGGCCACAGCCCACGUAAAGCUGCAAAUGUUCUAAUAAGGAUGAUUCUGACGGACCACACAGUGUGGACAAAAGUCAAGAGAACAUCCGGGAUAGAAAGCUUUCUGAAAGGACUUUUUAUACAUUUAAUUGUGAAAACAACUAUGGACAAUAUGAUAAAUACAAA